UCGAAAGUGUUCAGUGGGGAUAUGCUAUUCAUCGAGCUAAUUCUUGUCUGCUCGCUGGCAGCAGCUGCACUGCUCGACGCCGAUAAAAGGUUGAAGCGCCGCAAGUCCUUGUCCUGGUGGCAGGAGCAAUACUACCAUUCGAAAUGGCGCCAGAGAUUCCGCUUCACCACAACUGCCGUGCCGGGGGCCACGCCCGAAUGGAGGGAGGUGCGAAUGGUGUAUCCCUGCUACUGCUACAAGCCGCCGCAGAAGGGCGAGGCCACAACCGAAGCCUACGAGCGUUAUAUGGUGGAGCGUGAAGAUUUGUUUAUAUUGAAUAAAUAGCUACACCCAAGUUCUACUCCA